AUGAACUUUAGUGAAGCUCAACUUGAGCUACGACAGCUUCUCAGCAGAGUCGAACCUUCUCAAUUGCCGAAGCUGCUCGACUGGGUCAGAACAUCGGAGGAGCUGGAUGACAUGCUGCUGGACAACAACCAAGUUAUUUUGAGGUGCAUCGCCGAUGAUAUCCGGGAGAGCCUACCUCUUGACGCUAUGUUGCCUUCGGAGACCGAUGCCAAGUACAAGUUGCAGCAGCGCUCAGGAGCCACCGUUCACGUGGACGCCUUCUUGUAUGACGACGAGCACGUGGAUGCGCUUUGUGAGGCGGGAAGCAUGAGUCGCCGCUAUUGUCUCCAGUGCGGCUCCCGAAGCACGGCACCUUUAGAGUUUGUGUCUCAUUCCUUCUCUGUGUCCGAGCUGCUCUUCUUGUUCCAAAAUGUUCUGCCGGACCUGAGCGGUCGCACACUGGUGGACGUCGGAUCGCGGCUGGGGGCUGUGCUCUAUGGGGGAUUCCUCUUCAGCUCGGCGUCCAGGUUAGUUGGCAUCGAGCUCAGCGCCGACUUUGUCAACCUGCAGAACAAAAUGCUGCACAAGUAUGGAAUGGACGCCAGAGCUCAGGUUGUCCACGCUGACGUUUGCUCACAGGACACGCUUCUGCAUAACGCCGAUGUCGUAGUCAUGAACAACGUCUUCGAGUAUUUCAUGCAGCCAGAGCAGCAAGUCAGAGCCUGGAGGUUCAUCAUGCAGACGUUGAGGAAAUCUGGUUCUCUGCUGGUGACCGUUCCCAGCCUGCACGACUCACUCCAACCUCUGCAGGAAGCGCUACCGGCCGGCUGGGUGGAGGAGCUUCCGCUGCAUUACGACGUCUUUGUCGGUAAAGACUCAGACCCUGAGGAUCUGCGACAAAUCCACCUGUACAGGGUCUUAUGA